AAUUUUUAGCUUUAUUUUCUCAUUGCUUUAAAAAGCAAGCAAGCAUAAGUUCUGCUUGUAUAGCAGCAGCAGUAGAACGAGCACUGGUGCACUGGAGAAACAAACCAAGCGUAAAACUGAUCACAAUGGAGCAAAUGUUGAGGAAUGUUUUGCAACACAAUCAAUCAUAUUGAUUUCUAAUUGUAUGGCAUUUCUAUUACACCUUGCAUACAAUUGCAGAAAGACAGCAAUCCAUGUAGGAUAGAAACCCAAGCUCGCUUUGGUUCUGGAAAGUAGAUUUAGUCCGAAUUUUUGUGACAGAUGGAGUUGAUAGUCUCACGAUGAAAAAAGCGCCAGUUUUUGACAGGCAGCAGACACUGAUGCCUCUUGUGGUCAAAGCCCAUGUUGCUCUGCAAUUAAGGUAGCACUAAAAUUAAAAGAAACAUCUACAAAUGCACUAUCACCAACUCUGCAAUGUACAGCUUAUGCUGUUCUGAAUAUUUUAUAUUUGUUAUUUUAAUCUUAUAUUUUCUUUUAAACAAAGGAAGAAGAAUUAAGAAUGUAAUGAGAAUUGUAAUGCAUCCACGACGAGUCUUUUUCUUUCAAUCAAAACUGAUUUUUUUUUCUCGCAGUUAAUAAAUUUCAGGCAACUUUUAAUAGCUCGUAGAUCCCAAUAAAGAAUUCAAAUAAUCAUUUCAGACAUUGGGAAUCAUAUUUCAGUGUUCUAUUUGCAAAAUCUAAUAUAAAUAAUGUAUAUAAGAGAAUAGGGUUUUUUUUCUAAAUCCUAGUAGUUCCGUGCAUUAACUCCCUAGAGAAAAUCUUCAUGCAAAUAUAUCAUUUGAAUUUGUUUAAAGGCAAAAGAAGUGAAAAAUGGUGAAAUGACAAGUGGUCGUGCUUAAGUACUGCAGUCUUGAUGUUCAGAGAAGUAGCGUUAAUGGACCAAAUGCUGUUCUCAAUAUAUCAAUACGCUCCCACUGAAAAAAGAAAAGGAGUACUUGUGGCACCUUAGAGACUAACAAAUUUAUUUGCGCAUCUGAUGAAGUGAGUUGUAGAAAGUCUCUAAGGUGCCACAAGUACUCCUUUUUGUUUCUUUUUUUUUUUUUGCGAAUACAGACUAACACGGCUGCUACUCUGAAACUCCCAUUGAAGUCAGUAGCAUUGCACAAAUCUUAAAAGAACAGUUUGGUUCAGUAUGAGACCGAGCCUACAUUCCUCACAGAAAGAAUUCUUACUCCCAUUGCGAGGGGCAGAACGGGAUCAGCAAAUGAUGCAAAAGCCCUUCCUGUUUGCAUAUUGGUAUAUAAUGGCAUAUUUGAUAUAUAAUAAAUCUAUAAUUGUUUGGACUUCUAUCAGUAAAAUGUAUAAUGAAAUUUAUUUUACAGCAUAUUUUAAUAACGUACGCCAUGAUGUUACAUCUCAGGUAACUUCUGUAAAACCAAACGCUGCUUUGUGACCGCUGGAAAACAGAGAUGGGUGCAAAGCUUUGCUUGAUGCAAACAGCUGCAAAGUUUCUUCUUGAAAAGCUGUGUUGUGUGUAGCAGUAACUGUGGGAGCCUCCUUAACAGUAGGAGGGGCUCCGUGGGGGCUGCUGUAAAUCUCGUUAAGCCUUUCCUUUCAAGCUUUGAAUGCGAGCUGCCCGCCAGCCCCCCUUUCUCCCGUAGAUCGUAAAGAAAAAAAAAGUUUCAACAACAGGCUGGACCAAUAGUAAGACGAAAAGCAGGGAAAGGGGGCCGAGCAAAGGGAGAAAAGUGGAGAAAAAGAGAAAGAGCGACUGGGGCGAGAGAGCGCAGGCUGGGGGCAUGUGUAAAAGGAGAAGAAGCGUUGCUAAUUGUUUUGUUUGUUUGCUUUUCCAUGCAUGCAUAAUGAGGCUUCAUCAGAGCACGUUGCUGCUGCUCGGAGGCCACUUUUGUAUUUAAAGCCUUGCAAGGGAAAAAAGCUCCACAGAGCAGAGCAGCUUGCGAGCUUGUUGACAACAGAAGCAGCAUCAACCGCAGAGACAGAAAGACGAGGGAGACCCUGCGCCAGCUAUUUUUCCCCUUUCUCAAUUUUCCUGCCAAAAAGGGGACUUCUUUCCCCGGCUUCCAGAAAGUGCAACAGUAGAAGCCAGCGAGCGGAGCCGGGACUGUGAAUGGGAUCGGAGCGGUGUGCGCGGCUGGCAUGUGCGGAGAUGCUGAGAGCGGAGAGUUGAAAGCUCCCGAAGCAGCAGCAGCUGGGCGUUUAUUUUGUGCAAAAAGAGGAAAGAAAGGGAUCUGCACGAGAAGCAGGGCAGCACCAUGAGCUCCCCCGGCGCAGCCUGCAAGCCCCCGAGUGCACUCAGGAGCCGCUCUCCUCCCAGCCCCCAGUUGCACUGAUUAACUAAGGGAACUCUUGCGGCAACAGCGGCCCGGGACUGGGGGGCUGUGUGUGGGGGGGGGGUUGUACUGCAGCCCGCCGUUCCAGCCGCGGAGGGGCCGCGUGGAUGGAUGGAUGAGGGGAAGCCUCAUGCACACAGCUGGCAGGAGUUUUGCAAACUUUUCCACGGGCAGCUGCUCCUCCUCCGGCUCUCCCCAUCGACCCUCUCGCAGCCGCCGCCGCCGCCCGCAAUGGUGGUAGGUUCGCCCGCUCUGCAUGGAGGCGGCGGCGGCCGCCGGUGGCUGGUGCCGGGCGCCUGGCUGUGGCUGACGGUGGUGCUGGGCGCGGUGUCCCCCCCGCGGGUGCACGGCCGGAGGCUGAUCUGCUGGCAGGCGGUGCUGCAGUGUCAGGGGGAGCCCGAGUGCAGCUACGCCUACAGCCAGUACGCCGAGGCGUGCGCCCCGGUGCUCCUGCAGCAGCACCCGGCCGGCAGCGCCGCCGCCGCCGCCUCCUCCUCCUCCUCCCGGCGGCGGUGCCCGAGCCACUGCAUCGCGGCCCUGAUCCAGCUCAACCACACGCGGCGGGGCCCGGCGCUGGAGGACUGCGACUGCGCGCAGGAUGAGACCUGCUGGGCCACCAAGCGCGCCAUCGAGCCCUGCCUGCCCCGCACCAGCGGCGGGGCCGGGGCCGGGGGCGGCGGCGGCGGCGGGGUGAUGGGCUGCACCGAGGCCCGGCGGCGCUGCGACUGGGACAGCCGCUGCAGCGCGGCGCUGGGCCGCUACAUGGUGUCCUGCGGCAAGCUCUUCAACGGGCUGCGCUGCACCGAGGAGUGCCGGGCCGUGAUCGAGGACAUGCUGGCCGUGCCCAAGGCCGUGCCGCUCAACGACUGCGUCUGCGACGGGCUGGAGCGGCCCAUCUGCGAGACAAUGAAGGAGAACAUGGCCCGCCUCUGCUUCGGGGCCGAGGCGGGCGGCCACGGCGCCGGCAGCAGCGGCGGCUCGGACGGCGGCCCGGAGGAUUACUACGAGGACGAGUACGAGGACGAGCCCGGCCCGCGGGGGCGGGACGAGCCGGACGAGCCCGGCCCCCAGCCCGGCUUCCCCGCGCCGGCCGAUCGCGCCGGCCGCGCGCCCGCCCCGGCGGCCUGGACCGCGCUGGCCUCCAUUUUGCUGCUGCUGCUGUAGCCGCCCCGUCCCCAUUUGCUUCGGGGCGGGCGCGCGGCGCUUGGGA